AUGCAGAAUCGGUUGUUACAUUUGGAAGGUCUGGUCAAAGGGGCAAUGGCAAGCCAGCCGUUAGAUGAGCAUCGUCCUGCGGGUACGCCGUUACCAAAUGAAAAUAUCGAGAAGGACAACUCUGGCCGGCUAAUCGGACCUAACGGCGCUACAUACAUUGGGACCAUUCACUGGGCAACAAUGCUGGAAGAUAUCGAGGAAGUGAAAAACUAUUUCAGCGAAGACGUGGAUGAGCACUCACUGGAUGAAGAGAGUACACGGUCCGGUAUCUCUUUGCUAUUGAACCAUACUGGGUCGCCAAAAACCCAUCAUGAUCUUUUGGUGGCGCUCCCCGAUCGAAAUAUAGUGAAUCGACUGGUCUCUCGAUAUUUCAACUCUAAUAGCCCUGCGUUGCAUAUUAUUCAUAAGCCAACAUUUCAAAAGAAUUAG